UUCACCUUUUGGUACUUUUCGGAGGACCACAGCAUUAUGUGUUAGGAAAGAAGGAAACCACUUUCAGAACCAUAUAUGGUUCGCCAAACAGAGGAGGAGUCAGAUGAUGGCUCCAGUAGUGUCAGGAAGCCUAAAGGAGCAAAAUGUAGGCCUACUGUUUCCGAGGGUGACCUGGCCUGCUACUCCAGAGCACAUUUGGGAGAGAGGCUUUACCAGGAGACUCCUGGAUUUGACCUCACUGAUCCCAAUAUGCACUUGGCGAAUGGCACCUACAACUGCCUCCAUGAUCCCCAUUUAAGGACAUACUUUCAAAAGCCAGAGAGGAAAAAAAGACUCAUUCAUAAUGGAUUCAUCACAGCUGAUCAGAAGGUGUUAUGUACGAUUAAAGAGUACAACAAUUACAGCAAAUACACUGAAAGUGUUCAGCUCUCAUGGCAGAAGCUCUACUUUGAGCAGCAGAGAAAGCUGAUGAAAGAAUUUCUGAUUAUGAAAGAGAAGGGUCUUAUUCCACCUCAUAUCCACAUCUCAGAUAUGAUAGACUGGCUUGUCCGCAAAGGGACAGAUAUUUCUAAGAAGAUGUUUCAGAAACAGUCAGGGAACACACAGGCUUUGCUGAAAUGGGAAGUGAAUCGGCGCCUGAAACUGGAAGCGAUACAGAAGGAGGCAUGCCGGGAAUACUGCCUGGAACGCAAACUUCCGUUCUCCCAGAGGGUCAAGAAAGCAUCAGUGGAGUGUAUCCCAUGUCCUGGAUCUUCUGGAGCUGGUCCAAGGUGUCUCUCAUCUCUGUCUGAAGCGUCAGUGGAUUUGGUCUCCUCAUCUGUGUCUAUAGAGGAAUUUCCAAGGACAGAUUCAGUCACUUAUCUGAAUUCAUUUGACUCCAUCACACCAGGGACAAGUGUGGAACGAUCUACAGUGCUUUCGGCAGGGGCUGAGAAAGUCAUUUGUGAAACUGUUAAAGACAUUGUGAUGGAUGAACUUCGGAGAAAUCUCCUUCCAGUGUUGAUGAGGCGCCAGUCUUCCUCUGAAAGCAUCCGCCACACCAGUGACUGCUCUGACCAGAGCUACAGGAGUUUGAACACUGCGAUGGUCCGUCCUAAAUCCAGUGCCAGCGUGUUAUCUGAUGGUGUUACUUCUCCUUCUACUGGGGACAACACUACUGAGUCAUAUAUCGGGACUACUUUCUAUACGGAAGUACCUAUUUCAGAGAGGCUUUGCUAUGACAACUUUCGUGCUCCUGCUGGAUGCCUGAUUGUGCCCAGCAACAUAGCGGCCAGUACAGUGGACAACGCGAUGUUAAGGGCAGGACUACGUGCCACAACUCCUGAACAGUCAAAAUUUCGCUGUAUGUCUGUCCAACCAUUAACCAUACCUUCUUAUCAAAAGAAAGGUGUGAAACUUUUGGGAGGCAUGCCAACGGACGUCAAAGAAAUACCUGAUGUGGAAGACACUGAGGUGGAAGUGCACACACCGCAAUUUAUUCACGCCAUCACACAGCAAUUAAGUGAGACAUCUUCUGUGUGUGAAACAGCAAAGGAGGGAGAAUCAUCAGGCUGUAUGGUUACUUCAGCAAAAAGCCCAAAUUCAGCACACCAGAUGUCAGUGGAGCAUAUUUUUCAGGAUAACACGUUGAAUUGUGUCAAUACAACCAGAGCACUAUCACCUAGACAUCACAGUCCAAACCUGGCUAAUUCUGUUGCUGCAGUCUUAUACCACAACAUAAGUGAGACAGAAACCUCAAAAAAGCCCCCACCCUACUCCAGCUCUCAGGUCACUUGUAUUGAUAGUUGGCAGGAGCUGACAGGGAGUGGUGCACUGAGAGAAUUUUCAGAGCCUUUGUCUGAAUCUGCCUUAGAUCUUCUCAAAGGCACAUUUGGGGAGCGGGCCCAGAGCCUUAAAACAGAGAAGAGUGAAUUCCAAUGCAUUACAGUCCCAACAUCAGAGAAACUAUUCUUUGUGUCCCACGUCAACAGUAAUGACACAGUUGUGCACAAAGUUGCCAUUGAGGAGCUGCCUGCGGUGGAUGUGAUACAAAAUACUAUCCCUCCAGACCAUUUAAAGAGGUUGAACACCCCCUUCUCCUCUAGGCUCAACACUCCUGCAAGUGCAAGACACUUUAGGCAAUCAAGUCCAACAAUACAACUCCUACAGGGCGUUGUGGAAAAACUGGUGGCUAAAAUGGUGGUUCGCUUAAUGAGCAUCCCAGAGGAGUUUAAUGAUGCUGCCUGUAAACAGCUAGAGAAACCAUGCCAUUCUCUGGAUGGCCCUCUUUCAGAGUUUCACCAUGGAGUGAUUUCUAGGCUCUGCCCAGUCCUUGUGACUGACAUAAUGGAAUCCCUUUCCAGUGAAAUUGUCAGUCCUCCUGUCGGUGAAUCAGCUUCCCAAUCACCUCUGCUGUUCACUGAGGAUGAAAAAUCGGAUGGAAAAUCAAGAGCUGACAGCCCAAAUGAUUGUGCUGAAGAGUUUGCUUGUUUCCAAGAGGGCAACAGUACAACCAAUGAGGGACCAUCCGAAGAGUCUAUAAUAGACUUUCUAAAACUUGCAAUGACUGAUAUUGAGUCGGCAAUGACUUAUUCCAAAAAGCAGGUUUGCUCUAACCUUCCUGCCAGGACAGAGGUUGUUGUAGACAUCAUCACUAAGCUGGUCUCUGAUAUUGAGUCUGGCACUAAUUCCCCAACUUCACCUCUGACAAAUGUGGUAGUAGAUAUGGUGAUGUCUGUGCUGGAUAAUCUGUCAGAGGUGUCCACUGCAUCAUCUCCUGACAACUUGGAAUACUCAAGACCUGCCAGCUCUAGAAUUGUUAGCACUGUCCGUAAGGAGCUAGAGGACCAGAUUGGCUCCACUGAUGCCCUCAAGCAUGCACUUAACUGCGGGAGUGAAGAUGUCACCAAGGCCAUCUCUACUGCUGUUGCUAGGGAAGUCUCUGUACUCCUCUCAGAGUCAGUAGCUUGCCAUUUAGCCUCCACCUCCAGUUCUGCUUCACUGUUGAGCUUACCGGAUACGACCUCUGCACCCGCAGUGCGACCUCUGACUGCUGCUGUCAUACCCAACAUCCAUCCUGACAGUGGACUUCUUCCCAAUCAUCGGUCUUCAUCUUCCAUGGAAAGAAAGCCUGUGGUGAUGGUGGUCAACUUUGAUACAGUCAGAGAUAUUGUCAGCCGGCUUCUGGUGCAACUUUUACCAAAAGGAUUCAAAGAUUUUAACCUGGCAGACUGCAGCCUCUUUGAUGUCAUCUUCUCUGAACUUUCCUCCAGUUUAUUUGUAAGACUGACUAGGAAGAGACAGAAGGCCACUGUCUGUCUAGAUUCCGUUGAAGUCUCUCAGGUUGUCCUCAGUGUGCAAAGGGAUUUGGUCAAGCUUUAUGGUCCUCUGGAGCAUUUUCAGAACAAGGUUUUCAACAAUUGCCCAACAUUUUUUGGAGGUAUUGCAAAACUUAUUGUGAAAGGCAUUUUGAAGUCACCCACAAGAAAGCCCACUGAAAUAAAUGCCAACCCCUACUCUGAUGAAACCACUCAGGGGACACCACAUCUUGCCACACCAGAGUGGAGAAUCAGUAUCCAUUCCAUCGAUGACUUGUUGUCUCUUCUGUUGAAUAAAAUGCAGGAAUUUUAUCUUGUCAAAGCAGAGGAUGCUCAGUUCUCCCGAGCUCUGUUCAGCUAUCUUACCAUAAACAUCAUGGAUAUGACUCUCAAACAACUUCAAGUGAUUCCAGGAUUGGUGCUCGUAGACAAAGAGGAGAAUUUCAACAAAUUCCUCAAGGAGAAAAUUGUCUCCAACGUCCACAGCGCUUUGGUCGAUAAGGGCAUCACUGUGAAGACUGUGCACAUGGCAUUACAACAAGGAAGUUCAUCAGCACUGAAUGUCAUCAGAGAUGAACUCAUCAAGGAAACCAUAGCAGUGUGCUCUUCAAGUGCCUGCGCAUAUAAUCUCAGGUCAGAACAGGGUCAAACAGAAACACUCUUGACCAAGACGGUGGCCACAGUCACAUCUACCAGUCCAGCAGAGGCUAGAAAGGUUGACACCAUUGAAUACUCCGCAGCAGCAUCAAACACAGUAGAUAAUGUUUUGCAAUCUGCUAUGGACAAGGAGAAGAUGCCCAAGAGGAAGAGACAGAUUGGCCGCAUCUUUCUCCGUAUUUUCAAGGGGGUUAGACACAGUUUCACAAGCUGCAAUACAUCUCGAGUGAUGGACUAAGAAAGAUUCAUUUUAUUUUAAUCAUUUAUUUUAUUUUGCUUUAUGUUUAAUUUGAUUUCUUCUCUAUAAUCCUCAAAUACAUCAAUAAAGUACACAGCAUG